CGACUUCGAUCUCGCAAGGCGACCCUGGAGGAGAUUCAGACCUGUCACAGUGAGUCGUACACGCUGCUCUUUGGCUCCAGUCCGCACAACCGCCACAAGAUUGACCCGGCCCGUCUCACCGACCUGCCCAUCAAGAGCUUUGUGAUGCUGCCCUGCGGCGGCAUCGGCAUCGACUCUGACACCACCUGGAAUGAGAUGCACACCUCGGGGGCGGCUCGAAUGGCCGCCGGUUGCGUCAUUGAGCUGGCCACCAGGGUGGCACUGAAGGAGGUCAAGAACGGCUUUGCCGUGGUUCGCCCACCUGGCUCCCACGCGGAGUACCAGCAGCCGAUGGGCUUCUGCUACUUCAACUCGCUGGCCAUCGCCGCGAAGCAGCUGCAGUCGAAGCUCGGCCUGAAGCGGAUUCUCAUCGUCGACUGGGACGUCCACCACGGCAACGGCCUCCAGCAGGCCUUCUACGAGGACCCGGCCGUCCUCUACCUCAGCCUGCACCGACACGACGAGGGCCAGUUCUUCCCGGGCACGGGCGACCUGGCGGAGACGGGUGCGGGGGCUGGCACUGGCUUCAACGUGAACAUUGGCUGGAGCGGGGCGCUCAGUCCGCCGAUGGGCGACGCGGAGUACCUGGCCGCCUUUCGUACUGUGGUCAUGCCCAUUGCCCGCCAGUACGACCCGGAGAUUGUCCUGGUCGCCUGUGGCUUUGACGGCGCCCGUGGGCACCCGCCUCCGCUGGGCGGGUACAUGGUCUCGCCGGCCUGCUUUGGGUACAUGACGCAGCAGCUGAUGACGCUCGCUGGUGGGCGGCUGGUGAUGGCGCUUGAAGGAGGGUACGAGCUGACUUCGAUCUGCGACUCUGCCCAGGCCUGCGUCAGCGCCCUCCUCGGCGACCCGAUCGCCCCGGUGAGCAGCGAGGAGGCGAGUCGGGCGCCGGUGCCCGUCGCCGUCGACCUGCUCAAUCGCGUCAUUGCCAUUCACUCUCCUCACUGGUCGAUUCUCCGUCGGUACGCCCACCUGGUCGGCUGUGACGCCAUCGAGGCGGCGAGGAAGGAACGCGAGGAGUGUGAGACGGUCACCGCCAUGGCUUCGCUCACCAUGAAACACGUGCAGAGCCCCGAAUCGACGACCGUCGAGGUGGAGGAGCCAAUGGAGGAGGACAACAAUGACAAGUGA